GCGAGCCUCGUUGUUCUUCAAUUCCCGGAUCGGGUGCCGUCCACCGCGAAGCUGCAGAGGAACGAGCCGCUGGGUUAGCAAAAUGGAGAAGGGUGACGACGGGCCAAGAGGAGGAGGCGACAACUGGUGGGAGCGGCAGCUCGCAAGAGAGGAGCGGCACGGUGGGAGGCACAAGGAGCAGGCGGCGCUGUCGAUUGGUUUCGGCGCAUGAAGGAAUCUCAAAGGCGUCCUGUAGAUAGGAAGGAAAUGACGAACCUCUCUCCUUGGGCCGCUUUCCCUCAGCCCGGUUUCCAUCUCUCUCUCUCUCUUUUCCCUCUCCCAUGCGUGGCCCAGUACGGUCAACAGGGCAAGCACCAGCGAGCCGACCUUCUCUCACGACCGUACGGGUUCAUCGUAUCCCCAAUCUCACCGAGCCGCCGCCGCCGCCAACGACACUCGGCCGCCCGUUUCAACGAAAGUAUCGACAAGAUCCAAUUUUAGCGUCGGAGAGGAUGAUGCGGCGGUUUGUGAAUAUCCUGGCGCUGGCGGAGAAGGGGAGCACCGGCGCGUACUCGCUGCACCGCCUCGAUGUUGCUAAGCAUCUCUUCUAUCCGUCAACGGCCGAAGCAGUAGCCGCCGCGAGACCAGCGAUCGAGAGAUUGGGGCAGCUACCCGCGCCAUGCGUAAGCUUCCAGCCCCCGCAGCAGUGCACUCUGUUCCCGGAUCCCCCGCAGCUGCAGUGGUUCGCGCUGGUGAGCCCCCGCAGCUCCGAAGGCAGGAUCCUCUACGGCAACACGUUGGGCAACAUCGCCCUCUACGACGCCGACACCAACUCCGUCGAGUGCAUGCCCUCCCUCACCGGUCUCCAGUGGUUCAUGCCUAUCACCAUCUCGCCCGUCCCGGUGCCCCCGAGGAGGACCUCUACAUCAUGCACCCCGUCCGCGCCAUGGGCUUUCACGUCCUCAGGUUCGGCCGUGGCAUCUUCAGGGAGGAAGUGGGGCCCGUAAGAUAUGGCCAAGCCUGGCACUGGGACUCCCUUCCGCCGCCGCCCCUGGCCACGCUCGUCAGGGCCCACGCAGUGCUCGACGGUGGCCGCACCAUCUGCGUGUCGGCCGCCCCGCGCGACAUGGGCACCUACUGCUUUGACACGGUGAGGCGCGAGUGGUGCAUGGCCAGCUGCCGACGACUGGGAGCUGCCCUUCGACGGUGGAGCCGUGUACGUCCCCGAGCUCAAACUCUGGCUGGGCUUUGCCAGCGGCACACACCAGCUGUGUGCGUCGUCAGACCUCUCUACUGCUGCCGCCAUGGACGGCGCCAAACCACCGACGCUGAUGCAUGUCUCAAGUACAGCAAGAGGCCUUCUCAGACGCCCACGGAGUGGAAGGCAGUGGCGCCGAACCCCAAGCUCAUCAGCCUCGGAUUAGGCAGGUUCUGCAUUGUCAGGGUCUUCCAAGGUGCGCGCAACAUACCAUCAGGAGGGGACUUUUCUGAUUUGGCUGGGCAACGGUUUGCUGUGCUUACCGGUGCUGAGAUGCUUGCUGGCAGUGGAGACAACAAUAAACCAGAAGAAGAUGGACAAGAAGAAGAAGGUGGACAAGGUCUCCAGAUGGUGGAGCACAAGUCAAUACUCUACAUGUUCCUUGAUGAUAGGAUCGACUGGGUGCUGUGAUAUUAAUCCCCUCAUGUCACGUCACUGCCAAUAGGGCCUAGGCACACCACAAGGUACUGUACCUACCUUGUAACAAUUUAUGCAAUGACAAGUGUAAUGAGCGAGGGGCUCGUCUGACGCCUCUUAACAAUUUAUGCAAUGACAAGUAAUUC